AUGUCUACUGGCCUUUGCGCAUCAGCCUGCUCCUCAUUGUCAAAGACUCUAGAUCUAAUUAUAUUUUAUGUAUCCUUUGAGGUGGUACUGAUUCCUCUAACACUUCUAGUAGGGAUUUACAGGCGGCAAAGGAGGAUUAGUGCAGCAUAUCUACUAUUUCUAUAUACACUAUUUGGGAGUCUGCCAAUGCUUCUAUCAUUUCUCAAUAUAUAUACAAUUAUGAAUACAACAAAUAUAGCAGUACUAAGUCUAACAACAUUUCCAAAUUAG